GGAGAGGAGGGGGCGGGGCCAGGACAACGUGCCCGGAGGAGGAGGAGGAAAAAAGAGACCAUAGACUUCCACCUGGGCCUAGAGCGGCUCUUAAAAGAGUAGGGAGAGAAGGGCGGGCGGGGACCAUCUUCAGAGCAGGCCGCUGGCGGUAUCAUGGCAACCCGGAACCCCCCUCCCCAAGAAUAUGAAAGUGAUGAUGACUCUUACGAAGUGUUGGAUUUAACUGAGUAUGCGAGAAGACACCAUUGGUGGAAUCGAGUGUUUGGCCACAGUUCCGGACCUAUGGUAGAAAAAUACUCAGUAGCCACCCAGAUUGUAAUGGGUGGAGUGACUGGCUGGUGUGCGGGAUUCUUGUUCCAGAAAGUUGGAAAACUUGCAGCAACUGCAGUAGGGGGUGGCUUUCUUCUCCUUCAGAUUGCCAGUCACAGUGGCUAUGUGCAGAUCGACUGGAAGAGAGUUGAAAAGGAUGUAAACAAAGCAAAAAGGCAGAUUAAGAAACGAGCAAAUAAGGCAGCACCUGAAAUCAACAAUAUAAUUGAAGAAGCAACAGAAUUUAUCAAACAGAACAUUGUGAUAUCCAGUGGAUUUGUGGGAGGCUUUUUGCUAGGCCUUGCAUCCUAAGGAUAUGAAUGUUCUACCACAGUGGAGUCUCCUGUGAGAAGAGAAGUGGUGGCAACAAGGUGGUCUCUCAGCAUUACGCGCUGCCAGGUUCUCCAGGGCAACAAGAGACAACUAGCUGGACAAUACCAAACUCACAACUUAGCAUUUUGCUGUCUGAAGCUUGGCAAACUAGUAUCUGCUGUAAAACAACCUAUAUGGGAUGUGUACAAUAGUAUUCCUGAACAAAACAUGGCUUUCAUUACUUUUUUUUUUAAUUUUCAUUUGUUUAGAAAUUAGCCUAUAAAAUAUCACCAUUGGGUGUAGAUAUGGAGGAAAAAAAUCUAUUGGAUAUAUGCCCCAGUGAAAUACUAUCCUUGUUUUAUUUAAAUAAAAUGUUCUUCAUUGUGCUUUAUAGUAUAGUGCUAAUAGUUAAAAUUUUGUAUUAUAGCUUCAACAUUAGGGCUGACUUUUUUUUUAAAGAUAAGUUUGCAAUAAACUGAAGAGCUGUAAUGCCCUUUUGUGGAAGGAUUUAGAAAUAAUAGAAUUAUUAAAGAUAUUAAGCAGAUUUAAUGCCAAUUUUUAGGUUGUUUUUCCUUGCAAGUCUUACUUUGCUUAUAUAAUAAUUGUAGUAAACAGUUUCAAGGAAGGCUCUUCUAAAGAAAUACAUGUCUAAAGCUCUUUUUCUUUUUUUGAUGUCUGUAGUUGUAAAAAUGUCUUCUUGUAUAUAAGCUUCUAAUUUUUUAAUUAAUUUAUUUAUCCUGGCAGCCUGGACAGAACUAAUGGUUUUGAGGGUACAUAUAGUUGGGUCACUGAUUAAUUUUAUUAACCUUGAGUGAACUUCCUUUCUCAUUUCUAAAAAUCCUGAUUGUUAUUUUGGCCCCUUCUUCACAAAGAGGUAAAAAUCAUUUUAAAAUACUUAGUAGUGUAGUAUGAAUUUGCUGUUUGAAGAACAGUGAUUUUCUAUAUAAUCAUGAAAUUGUAGCUUGAAGAGAAUUGUCUCCUUGACAUAGUCUGAGAUGUAAAUGCUAAGGCUUUCAGCUUUUUGGUAGCAUUAUGUUGCUUGAACACUAGACCAGUUGACUUGUUUCUCAGGGCCGACAUCACACUGCCUCAGAGGCCCUUUGCCCGGAAAAGCUUUCUAUAUUGUUUGUUUUGUCUGUAGAGUUCUAGGUUGGAAUUGGGAAAACCAGCAGUACAACAUGUGUUGGAGUCUUCAGAUUGGAAAGACUUUGCAGAUAUUCAGACUGUCUCCUUUUGAUAGGAAGUCCCAUAGCAUAUUUUAUGUAUUGUAAACAUAAAGCAUUUCAUACUUUCAAGAUUUGUUACAGUCUGUGUGCUUUCAUUAUUGCAAGACUCCUUAAAAUUGAAUGUGGGAUUGAUCUUUGUUUUCUUCCUUUACUCUCAUUAGUGCCUCAGAUACAAUGCUAAAUAAAACUCAGACUUUCUUAAUAUGAA